UGGGGGUUGGAGACCGGUUGACCCCCAUCCCAACCGCAUGAUUCACGUGGAGAGGCGGAGACUCCAUAAAGGAUUCACCCAGGCAGGCAGCACCGGGGAAGGACCGUCCUGUACUCGCCGCUCCGAAAACUAACUUCCGAAGAAGGGCAAAGUUUCUUCUUUGUGUCCACCUCGUUUACAAUGUGAAAAAUGGCCGGGACAAGCUCUGAUUGGGUGGAGAUCCUGGAGCCACGCUCCCGCGAGCGCAUGUAUGUGAACUUGACCACAGGUGAAUGCGGCUGGGAUCCCCCUCCUGGUGUUCCUGUCCGCCAGGCAGACGGCAACCAGUGGUGGGAGCUGUUUGACCCUCACAGCGGCCGCUUCUACUACUACAACGCAACUGGGCGUCGCACGGUCUGGCACCGACCCCAGGGAGCUGACAUAGUGCCCCUCUCCCAGCUGCAGGCCAUGAAGCGGGGCAGUGAGGCCAGGCAGGCUGGAAGGGUCGUGGAGGAGCGCCACCACUCUACCACUGGGAGCAUCAGCAGCGUGGGGAGCCAGGGGCGCCGCACCCCUCUGGCCGAGCGGGACAUUGACAGCCCGCUCCCCACAGCCCUGGAGCCCUCUGAGCAGAAUGCAAACUCCGAGCUGGACCCAGCAGUGGAUAGCCGGAUGAAAGGAGAUGGGCGCAGCACCGAACACGACACGGAUGACGGCAAAGACCCACAGAGGGAUAAUUCUCAAAGAUGGCAGCCAGCACCCGGUUCUAAAGCAGCCAUGUUGGUGAAGGUGAACAGCAUGCAGCGCAGCCAGCCCAUCCCACCACUGCAGCAACAUUUACAGCACAGUGCACCCAGCAAAGCCAGCACUGCUUCCCAUGGAGGACACCCGAGCUCCAGCCAGGGAUAUAAAACAGCCCCUUCUGGCAAAAUGGCCAGUGAUGGGCGUCAGGCUCAUCACAUUAGAAAAGGCAGCAAUGGUAGCUUCUGUUUGUUGACAUCGGACGCUGGCCACCCCAGUCCGCUCCUCCAGAGGUCACAGACUUGCACCCCGCGCCCAGUCUCUCCUCCGUAUGGUUGCACUGCCCCGAUCUACGAUGAGCCAGUGUCAGAAUGUCCCAUAUAUGACGAACCCCCUACAGAUAUGGAAGUAGAGGGGGCACACCUGUAUAAUGGACAACAUUUGUCUCGUUUGACACCUACCCAGAGUCUCCAAAAGCCUAGACUUCUCCCGCACCCUGCUUCAUCUCAUCUGGGGUCUAGACACCGGAGAGACCCCUCUUCCUCUGACUACAGCCCAGCCGGUCUGGAGUGCAUCAAGCACAUGGUCAAUGUGGACCCCAAACAAGGGCUCCCAUCCAGCUCUCCUCUGCCUACGCGAGCUGCUUCCCCUACCUCCAGACAAGAUCGUGUUUUGAAUCUGCCCCAGCCACACCCUUCACAACAGUCUCGAGGCCAGUUAAGGGACAGAGAGCUAGGAACCCCGGGCCCGAGUUCACUGGACAAAAAGCAUAACUGGCGAAUCCUGGAGGCCACUGUGCAGCGUGCCAUGGAUGCACGGCACAGCAGGCAGAGCAGCCAAGCCUCACAGGAUUUCCAAUCCACUACCCCACAGGCCACAGCAAACUAUCAAGACUCUGGCUACUCCACAGGACCCUCUCCAAGCUUGAGAAGAAAGAGCAGGAGGAGAGUGGGAGGCGCAGGAGGCAGGCCGGGGUCAGUAGGCAGCAGCGGGGAGCUAUGCGCCCUAAACGAGAGACUAAUGGCAGAAAUGAGGGAGGUGGUGAGUCGCUCCAACACCAUGAGAGAGGUGAGAGCAGGGCUGGACCCAGAAAUGGGGGACAGAGGUGUUGUACCUCGGACACGCUCCCCUGCAGACUCACUCAGGUGGUUUGGAGGAGGAGGGAGCUCUGCGGGCAGGUGUCCAUCACAAGAGGACAUGGGCAGUGCUCCACGGUCACUAAAGGGGACGAGUAACUGUGGCCCCCCUGUUCUGACCCCUCUGGAAAUACCAGGAAGGCAAAAAAGAACCUAUGAAAAGGUGGAUACAUUGGAGAUGAGCAUAAACAGCCAGGCCAGCCUUUCAUCACCAGAGACCCCAGGACCACAAUCACAGGCGGGAACCCUAGAGCUGCAGGCUCAGCUGGAGAGCAGGAAGAAAGGCAUGGUGGAUGGACGGACUGCUUCUCUAGGUCCACAUCGCUCUGCCAGCCAUGACAACCGAGAAGGAGCUGAUGGAGCAGGAGGACAAAGAGGAUCUUCCUACCAGCUCUCCUAUGCUACCCUGCGGCAACCUCCACCUCCCGACAUGGGCAUGGAGGACUGGGCCAGCAAGCACCUCAACAUGCACACGCAGGGGCUGUUCCGGCGACGCGUCUCCAUCGCCAACAUGUUGUCCUGGAACCGCGGGUCCAUCAAGAAGCCUAUGCUGGUCACCAGCGACCGUGCCAUCAGGAAGGAGGCCUGCGAGAUGUUCAAGCUCGUGCAGGCUUACAUGGGAGACAGGCCUUCGCGACUUGACCGCCGCCACUGCGCCCUGCUCAUCGUCACCAAGUGCUGGGACAUGCCAGGGCUGCGGGACGAGCUGUACGUACAGCUGGUGAGGCAGACCACAGGCAACGCCAGCCCCCGAAGCCUGGCGGCAGGGUGGGACCUCAUGGCUGUCAGCUUAGCCUUCUUUGCACCUUCACCGAAGUUUCGCUGCUACCUGGAGGGCUACAUUCAGAGACACACGGAGCCCAACAGCGACAAGAAAUGUGAGUCUCAGACUGAGGCACAGGUGACACAGUUUAUUUUGGAACAGCAGGAACUAAAACUGAAGAAGAAUUCAAAGUCCCGAAAGAAGCGGAAGCAGAACACAGAGGAGGAAGAAGGCCUUCCUGUCAGCACGUAUGCCAAGUUCUGCCAUCGGAAGCUCCUCAAGGUGGCGAUCACUGGGGGCAAAAAGGGUCUGCGUAAACCCACCUUGGAGGAGAUCGACCACAGCAGACGGGCCAUCAUCACCCCAUCCCUUUUUGGCAGCUCUCUUGAGGAAGUGAUGGAAAGGCAGAGCGAACUCUUCCCAGACAGGAAGCUACCCUGGGUGCAGGUUCAGCUGUCCCAGUAUGUCCUGGCUCUGGGUGGGGCUCAGACAGAGGGCAUCUUCAGAGUGCCCGGAGACAUUGACGAAGUCAAUGCAUUAAAGCUCCAAGUGGACCAGUGGAGGAUUCCAGAGAAUCUCUCUGACCCUAAUGUUCCUGCCUCUCUGAUGAAGCUCUGGUAUCGUGAGCUGGAGGAGCCCCUGAUUCCAAUGGACUUCUACAAGCAAUGCAUCAGUAACUGUGACGACCCGGUGGCAGCCAUUGCUGUGGUGCAGUCUCUACCAGAACUGAACAGACUGGUUCUGUGCUACUUCAUCCACUUCCUUCAGGUAUUCGCCCAGCCAUCCAACGUCGCCAUAACCAAGAUGGACGUGAACAACCUGGCCAUGGUGAUGGCUCCCAACUGCCUCCGUUGCCAGUCCGACGACCCGCGGAUCAUCUUUGAGAACACCCGCAAGGAGAUGUCCUUCCUGCGAAUGCUCAUCGUUCACCUGGACACCGGUUUCAUCGAGGGUGUGGUGUAGACACUGUAAUGCCCUCAGUGCACAUGUUGGUCAAACAUUUACAAUCAGGCAAAAAAUAAACACUGUCUCUGUCUAGGUCACACUGGAAACUUUACAGUUCUUAGAACGUGUGUGUGUGUGUGUGUGUGUGUGUGUGUGUGAAUGCUUGGACUUCAGGCCAUGUGUGUUUUCUGUUCCCUUCCAGAGAGACGACACUCGUUUCAGUUCACUGUUGUUUCAAACUAAAAUCCACAGUGGCUGAUUUUAAGUGACUGACUUUAUUCCUAACCACAGCAUGUGAAACAGGCUAACGCUUUAUUUCUAAUUCUACAGCUAUUACUACUGUUAUAGCUUGACUGUGCAAGGUGGGAUUUAAUCAAGAUUUACUUCAGAAUUAUUCACUUGUAAAAAAAAAAAAAAAAAAAAUCUUAAUUUAAGCAGUUGACACUUUUUUUCCCAGCAUUCUGGUUUUAUUAAUGUUUGUGUGUGACUUAUCAGUGUAAACAGAAGACAUGUUUGUUUUUAUCAUGUAACAAAAGUAAGUCAAUUAAAAGAACUCUUUAUGUCUUAUUAAUAGGUUUGCCUCGGCUACUUUCAUUAGCCGUAUUGACGGUUUCAUUGGUCAAGAACUAAAGAGUGCAUAGUGCCUAUAAUUCAAAGCACACGCUGGGAGGACGGGCUGGAAGCUAAUGGAUGUGGAUGGGUGAGAUUUAGUAAAAAAGUAUAAAGAGUGCUUUAAUUAUUUUUUUAUCCAAAUAGAGCCCCUCACAAACAUCAUGUCAUGUUGUGAAAGCCAUGAUCCAAUAAUCCUUAUUUUAUGUUUUUCUCAGUCUUUCAGUUGGAAUUGUUCUCUUGUUUGUGAUUCCAUUGGCUCAGGUCCUAUGGAGAAAAAAAAACGGGUGUUUGAUGUAUAUCACAGACAAAAAUUCAGUGAAACACCUGUAGUGAGAAUGGAGUAUUGGUGGACUGUCGAGCCCUAUGAAAAUGUAAACUGAGCUGUUUGUAAUACUGCUUGGAAAUGUGUACUAACCUUCCUGAAGUAUAUUCUAAUAAUCCAGUGUAUGGGGUGGGAUGGGUGGAGGGGGUUCAGUUUAACUGUAAAGAGCAAUAAACAGAUGUGGAAGUGAGAGGCUGUAAUUAACAGUUGAUUUCUCUGCUGUAACUGCUUGCUAUUUGAACAACGAACAGAUUCAAACCACUUUCAGCAUAUGUGUGCUUGCUGACUGUCUUGUCAUCAUCUGUAAUGACUGACUUUAAAUAAAAGUUUGUUCAUUUGUUGA